AGUAGCAGUGAUACGCCAUUUUAUGGUGUGUCCCUUUUCCCAUUAAAUGUAGCCUUAAUUUAUGGAAUACCUGUUGAAAAUAAAUAUUUUUUCUUAAUUAUAUUUUAUUACGAUCAAAGUUGUGGUUGUAGUACGCGCUUGAACUUCAGGACCCUCCCAAUGUGCCUGUGCCAGCGCGUAUUGUUUACUGAAUUCAAAGAUGGCGGCAGCCAAGCAGUGAAUGGUAGCUAUCUGUGGAGCUGAGACCAUAGGACAGUGACUGGACACUGAAGAGGGACUAUGGCGUUUGAGGAAAUAAAGAAGAAAGGGAUGAUCGAAGUGUCAGGCAUGGAGGGGGAUGUGGGCUUGGUGGCUGGGCGGAGUCAGAGGGAGAAGAGGAGGUCUUAUAAGGACCUGCUGAGGGAGGAGGAGGAGAUUGCGGCGCAGGUGCGCAAGUCCUCCAAAAAACGUCCCAAGGACUCUGAGCUCUUCUUAUUAGGAGGAGAAUCGCACAAGAAGAAGAAGAAGCACUCAAGUGAGGACUAUUUUUACAGAGACCUACAGGGCUCCGGCCCAGCCCCUCACAAGAAGAAACGCAAGUCCUCAGACCACCCCUCCAGCUCCUCCUCCCACCACGCCCCCCACUCCACAGACACGGCCAUGGGACUGCUGCAGGCCAUCACGUCCCCCAUGGCCACGGGCUCCGAGCCCAACCCCCACCUCCACAAGAAGCCCUCCUACCCCCCCUUCUCCUCCCACUCCUCCUCCAAGGAGCGCAAGCGCGAGGGGGGCGGCCCCAAGGUGGGGCACUCCUCCUCCUCCUCCCACUCCCGCUCCACCUCUUCCUCUUCGUCCUCCUCCUCCAAAAAGCACUCCAAGUCGUCGCUGUACCACAGCGGGGGCGGGGGUCACGGGCCCCACGGGGGCCACGGGGGCCACGGGAGCCACGGGGGCCACGGCGAGCCGCUCACGCUCAGGGAGGCCGAGGGCCUGAAGAUGAAGCUCAUCCUCUCGCCCAAGGAGAAGGCGGAGGGCGGCGGGGUGGCCGGGGCCGGGGUGGGUGCGGGGGCCGGCGAGGGCUUCCCCUUCCCGCCCCUCUCCUCCUCCUCCUCCCUCUCUUCGUCCUCAUCCGGCGUCCGGAAGAGCGGGCCCAAGAAGGAGAAGGACCGGGACCGAGUUCUGCUCUCCAAGGCCCCCAAAAAGAAGCAGCAGAACCGGGACCCCCUGCCCGUGGUGGGAGAGGAGGUGGAGGUAGAGGGGCACUACGGCGGGGGCCUGGGCGCCCUGCCGGGGGACAGCUCCUCCUCCGCCGGCGAGCUGGAGGCCGGGGAGCUGGUCAUCGACGACACGUACACCCACCUGGCCAAGAAGAAGAAAAAGAGCAAGAAGAGCAAAAAGAAGAAGGAGAAAGAGCGGGAGCGGGAGAAGGACAAGAGCGGGAGGGAGAAGAAGCACAGCCGCGGAGGGGGGAAGAAAGGGGGGGUGGGGCAGACGGGGUCAACCGUCCUGCUCUCACCCGGCGAAGCCUCCCGGGGCCACUCCCACUCGCACAGCUCAGCCAAUCACAACACGGGGGUGGGGAUUUACACCAUGACCUCUCCGGUCUCCUCCCACCACCACCCGGGCAGCGAGUUGCAGAACGAAAAGAAGAAGAAAAAGGAGGAGAAGGAGAGAGAAAAGGCAGAGAAGGAGAAAGACAAGCCCAAGAAGAAGAACAUGACCGCGUACCAGGUGUUCUGCAAGGAGUACCGGGUCAACAUCAAUGCUGAGCAGCCGGGACUGGUGUUCGGGGAGCUGAGCCGGAAGCUAGCUGAUGUGUGGAAGCAGCUACCAGAGAAGGACAAACUCGUGUGGAAGCAGAAGGCUCAGUACCUGCAGCACAAGCAGAACAAGGCUGAGGCCACGACCGUCAAACGGAAGAGCUCAGGAGCAGAAGGGUGCAAGAGCAAAGGCUCAGUGAAAGGCGCUGGAGGGGGCGGGGUUCUGUCGCCCAGCCGGGUGUCGGUGGGCGUGUCCCUGUCUCCGGCGCGGGUGCCAGAGGUGGACCCCAUCGACGCAGCAGCUCACCUGCAGCUGCUGGGCGAGUCGCUGUCUCUGAUUGGCCACCGGCUGCAGGAGACCGAGGGCAUGGUGGCUGUUUCAGGGAGCCUGUCUGUACUGUUGGACUCCAUUUUGUGUGCGCUCGGCCCUCUGGCAUGCCUCACAACGCAGGUCCCCGAGCUCAACAGCUGCCCCCGUCACGUACUGUCAAACACCUUGGACAAUAUUGCCUACAUCAUGCCUGGGCUGUGAGAGAAAGUGGCUGUUUGGAGCAUACCAAGCGCAGAACAAUGGGGGGGGGAAGGACCGUGUUUCCCGUAAAAAAAGAGGAAGGGGCAGUGAGGACCUGACGUGCCUCGCUGAAGCGUCGGGACAACGGACAGCGGGCUGGAUUUUAACCUGGUUCUUAAACGUUUUUUAUACUUGUGUUUUUGUAAAGUCGUUUUUAAAAAAAUUAAACAGAUUUUAGGGAA